AUGUUUCUUCUCUCUGUUCCACCUGAAAUUACCCUUCUCAUUGCAAAUAAUCUUGAUUCCCUGAAAGAUCUUUCCAGCUUCUCACGAGCUAGCAGGAAGCUGCACAACCUCCUCAUCAAUGAGAUGUACCGACGGAGUGUCCGCUUGGAUGGUGGAUCGGCUCUUUUGUGGUACGCAAGUCGUGGAGACGAACUCGGAAUUCGAAAUAUGCUCCGGGCAGGGGCGAAUGUUAACCUCCGGUCGCCAAAUCGGGCACAGUCGACAGCGCUACUAAAAGCUGUUGCCGCCAAGCAUACCCAUGCUGUACAAAUCCUUCUGGAAAAUGGGGCUUUGCCAGAUGCGGUCGAUGCGAGGUCCAGAAGGCCCUUAGCUCUGGCGACAAAUGGCCGUAGCAAUGUGGACAUCACUAAGCUGCUCCUAGAUCAUGGUGCCAGGGUCAAUUCCGCGGCGCUGGACAAACAUGCCCCACUCCUUGAGGCUGUAAGGUCAAACCAGGAAUGUAAAGUGGAGUUACUUUUGAAACAUGGGGCUGAUUCACACGUUGUGGAAGGCAGGACUGGCAUGAAUCUCCUACAUAUUGCGGCUUGGAAAAACGCUACACCCGGAAUCAUGAAGAGACUCAUAGAUACUGGUAUCCAAGUGGAGUCCCAAGACUAUCGUGGAAGGACGCCUCUUCAAGUAGCAGCUGAACAUUCCUGCACACGUGCUGUGCGCGUGCUACUACAUCUUGGCGCCAAUCCAAACUUCACGGACAUGAGGGAAGGGUGGACUGCAAUUUUCUAUGCUGCAACAAGGCCCAGCAACCCCCGAAAUGACAACAAAACUAUUAUUCAAACACUCGUUAUGCAUGGAUCCGAGCUUGAAUUCAGGAACCCUGAUCAGGCGACACCUCUACUGCAUGCGAUCUCACAGGGUGCAUUCAAACAAGCGCAGGCGCUCAUUGAAUGCGGCGCUAGUAUUAUGGCUAGGAAUGCCCAUGACGAGACCGUUCUUCACCUGGCGGCUUCGUCCUGUUCGUUCUGGUGUUGUCCUCCCAGCAUGAUUGGCUGGCUUGUCACAAGCGGAGCCGAUGUGAACUGGGCCGGCGGCCAGCAUAGAGAAACACCAAUAUUCUACGCUAUCAGUCGAAAUUAUAAGAUCAAAGCUGAGGAAUAUGUCCGAGCUCUGCUGUCGCUUGGAGCCGAUGUUCACUUCCGAAACGACGAUGGGCUCACACCUCUUUCCUUGGCUGUACGCACUGGAUCUAUGGAGUUAACAAAGAUGUUACUUGAACAUGGAGCAUUCCCAAAUACGAGAGACAAGCAAGGCAAAGGUCCUCUGCAUCAUGCUGCUGAAAGUAGGAACGUUCAUAAUAUCGUAAAGCUUCUCCUUCAAAAUGGAGCCGACGUGAACUCUCAGGACAACUUUGGAUACACGCCAUUACAUCGAAUAAUUGCGAAAGAGACGGCAUGGGAAACAGUUGGAGACAUGCUGAAGGCUGGAGCUGAGCGUUGCGUGAUUUCUAAUGAUGGAAAAUUCCCUCACGACAUGGUUCCUGAUGGUCCUUGGGCGGAAACAAAACGCCUCUGGAUCCGGUUCUACAUGCCCAUGGCUCCCUCUACACCGUCCAAUUCUACAUAA